CCAUCCUGAUGUUGUCAAUUCGCCGUAAUUUCUUUCUCAUUAGCGAACGAUCUCGUGUCGAAUUUUGAGCAGAGACAAAAAUUAAGACCAACGCCAUGAUGAAGAUGAAUGCAGUCUUUUACUUAGCCCUGAUGUUCGGUCUGGGGACAUGUGGUGUGUUGAAAAUGGAGCCGAUGGUAAAUGAAGACAAAAUUGAUGAAGUGAUUAAUGAUCUAGAGAAUGCUAUUGAAGAACUCAAGGCUGAUGAAAAGCCAACACAAAAUUCGAAUGUCGAUUUUGCUGUGGAAAAUACGAAUACGAAUCUGUUUUUUAGGCCGAUAAUGAGAUGUGCUUGGCAUAAUCGUAUAGGCGCGUGUUGCUUUGCAUUCCAUUUCACUUCGACACGAGUAUGUGUGGCAAUGAUUGCCAAUUAUCCUCACCUACAUUAUCUAAUUAAAUCAGGUGCCAGACAUGUAGCUGUAGGUUAUUUAAACAGUAAGUAUCAUUCGUUUAAAUGAUAUAAUUGUUGUUUUCUGAAAUAAAAG